AUGCAAUCCCGGUUGCUAUUGUUGUGGGUUGCCACUGUUUCGGGUGCAGAACUCUUUGUGAAUUUCGACCAGAAGCUAGAGGACCGGCCCAGGCUAUUCACAUUGGUGAAGGAGGAAGUUGGGAGAUUGGAUAUCCAGGCAAAGUUCAACUCAAAAAAUGAUGAUGGAAAAGUACCGCUUGGUUCCGAUCUGACAGCCCGCGAAGCCGUCGACGUCCUACUGGGCAAGCGUCAAUCAUGUCCGCAGGGCUUUGGAUAUUGCCCGACCUCUGCUGCUCGUAUGGAUACUGCCAUACCCAAGGAUCCGUCUGUUGUCCAACUGGCCCAUAUGGUAUGCUGCACUGAUGAACACUGCACGGCACACGUGGACAAUGGAAAGACGACCUACGCGCAAACGACGACCAGCACACACACAUAUACUACGACUUACUACCAGUACUACUACUGGACGGUGACUUGGUACUACUGGUACUACUAUUGGACAUACUCGAUCGACAUCCAGGCAUCUAUCGUGACCUCUAGUCGUUCAACCACCUGGACUACAUUCAGUGUCAAGACAACGGAUGCGGCUGCAGCUUCUGAGUAUUUCAGUUCGAAAUCUAGGACACUGUCACUACCUACACCUGCUGCUGCCACGUCCCUCGAGUCCAUAGCAGGCAGCACGUCGUUUAUUUCUUCGUCGCGACGCCCGAGCCCGAAUCCUAGUCCAACGGACGAAUCAAGCAUUACUGAAGCACCUACGCCACCGCCGUUUAGCUUUCCUGGCGAGAUUGAUAGCAGUUCUACAAGCAAAUCUAGUAGCAGCACCACCUCUCUUCUUCACAAUGGUGGCGAUGAUGGCCCUUCAAGCAAUGGGGGCGGAAACGGAGGUGGAAACGGAGGCAAUGAUUCUUCUGGAGCGAAGCCAUUGUGGGCUAAAUCGGACUGGAAGACGGUCUGGGUCUUAAUACUGGGUGCUGGAACCGGGCUUUUGGCUGUGAUUCUUUGA